CCCUGCCUGCCGCUGCUCCCCUCCCCACAGCGGCGGGGGCAAUGCCUCCUGCAUACGUGAUGAAGUGAGUGGCCGGGCUGGGCUCCGCCGGCAGCAGCGAGCCGAGAGCCCGGGCGCCUCCGCACUGCAGCCCCCUCCCACCGGCGGCGGCGGGGGGCGGCGCGGGGACGCGGCUGGCUGCGGAGCGCGGCGCUCGCAGCUCCCGGGCAGCAGCGUGCGGCCGCGGGCAGCCGGCGCCAUGCUGAACAACCUGGCCGACUGCGAGGACGGCGACGGCGGCGCCAGCCAAGGCGAUGGCAAUCCCAAGGAGAGCAGCCCCUUCAUCAACAGCACGGAUCUGGAGAAGGGCAAAGAGUAUGACGGCAAGAACAUGGCCCUCUUUGAGGAGGAGAUGGACACCAGCCCUAUGGUCUCGUCCCUGCUGAGUGGGCUGGCCAACUACACCAACCUGCCGCAGGGCAGCCGGGAGCACGAGGAGGCUGAGAACAACGAUGGGGGCAAGAAGAAGCCAGUGCAGGCCCCGCGGAUGGGCACCUUCAUGGGCGUCUACCUGCCCUGCCUCCAGAACAUCUUUGGGGUCAUUCUCUUCCUGCGCCUCACCUGGGUGGUGGGGAUCGCCGGCAUCAUGGAAUCCUUCUGCAUGGUCUUCCUCUGCUGCUCCUGUACAAUGCUGACAGCCAUUUCGAUGAGUGCAAUCGCCACCAACGGCGUGGUGCCAGCGGGUGGCUCCUACUACAUGAUCUCGCGCUCCCUGGGACCUGAGUUUGGUGGGGCUGUGGGGCUCUGCUUCUACCUGGGCACCACCUUUGCCGGCGCCAUGUACAUUCUGGGCACCAUCGAAAUCCUGCUGGCCUACAUCUUCCCAGCCAUGGCCAUCUUCAAGGCAGAGGACGCCAGUGGAGAGGCAGCCGCAAUGCUCAACAACAUGCGUGUGUAUGGCACCUGCGUGCUGACCUGCAUGGCCACCGUCGUGUUUGUGGGGGUCAAGUACGUCAACAAGUUUGCCCUGGUCUUCCUGGGCUGUGUCAUCCUCUCCAUCCUCGCCAUCUACGCCGGUGUCAUCAAGUCGGCCUUUGACCCACCAAGCUUCCCGAUCUGCCUCCUGGGCAACCGGACCCUCUCGCGCCAUGGCUUCGACCUCUGCACCAAGAUGGUGGUGGAGGGGAACGAGACGGUGGGCUCCAAGCUCUGGGAGCUCUUCUGCACCUCCCGCUUCCUCAAUGCCACCUGUGAUGAGUACUUCACCAUGAACAACGUGACCGAGAUCGAGGGCAUCCCCGGCGCGGCCAGCGGCCUCAUCCAAGAGAACCUCUGGAGCUCGUACCUGACCAAGGGCGUGAUCGUGGAGAAGCGGGGGCUGCCCUCCGUGAGCCCCCCCGACACCCCGGUGGACAUGGACCAGCCCUACGUCUUCAGCGACAUGACCUCCUACUUCACCCUGCUCGUCGGCAUUUACUUCCCCUCGGUCACAGGCAUCAUGGCUGGCUCCAACCGCUCUGGAGACCUGCGGGAUGCCCAGAAGUCCAUCCCCACGGGCACCAUCCUGGCCAUCGCCACCACCUCUGCGGUCUAUAUCAGCUCCGUUGUCCUCUUCGGGGCGUGCAUCGAGGGGGUCGUCCUGCGUGACAAGUUUGGUGAAGCUGUCAACGGGAACCUGGUGGUUGGCACCCUGGCGUGGCCAUCCCCAUGGGUCAUUGUCAUCGGCUCCUUCUUCUCCACGUGUGGGGCCGGGCUGCAGAGUCUCACCGGAGCCCCUCGCCUCCUGCAAGCCAUCUCCAGGGAUGGGAUCGUGCCCUUCCUCAGGGUCUUCGGCCACGGCAAAGCCAACGGGGAGCCGACGUGGGCCCUGCUGCUCACGGCCUGCAUCUGUGAGAUCGGGAUCCUGAUCGCUUCCCUGGACGAGGUGGCUCCCAUCCUCUCCAUGUUUUUCCUCAUGUGCUACAUGUUUGUCAACCUGGCGUGUGCUGUGCAGACACUGUUGCGGACACCCAAUUGGCGCCCCCGCUUUCGCUACUACCACUGGACCCUGUCCUUCCUGGGCAUGAGCCUCUGCCUGGCGCUGAUGUUCAUCUGCUCCUGGUACUACGCACUGGUUGCCAUGCUGAUCGCUGGCCUCAUCUACAAAUACAUCGAGUACCGCGGGGCAGAGAAGGAGUGGGGUGACGGGAUCCGGGGGCUGUCUCUGAGCGCAGCCCGCUACGCCCUGCUGCGGCUGGAGGAGGGUCCCCCACACACCAAGAACUGGAGGCCACAGCUGCUUGUCCUGGUCCGUGGUGAUCAGGAGCAGAACGUGGUGCACCCACAGCUCCUGUCCUUCACGUCGCAGCUCAAGGCUGGUAAGGGCCUCACCAUCGUGGCCUCCGUGCUGGAAGGGACCUUCCUGGACAACCACCCGCAGGCGCAGAGGGCAGAGGAGUCCAUCCGCCGCCUGAUGGAAGCAGAGAAGGUGAAGGGCUUUUGCCAGGUGGUGAUCUCCUCCAACCUGCGGGACGGCAUGUCCCACCUCAUCCAGUCCAGCGGGCUGGGGGGGCUGCAGCACAACACGGUGCUGGUGGGCUGGCCACGCAGCUGGCGCCAGAAGGAGGACCACCAGACCUGGAGGAACUUCAUUGAGCUGGUGCGAGAGACCACGGCCGGGCACCUGGCCUUGCUGGUGGCCAAGAAUGUUGCCAUGUUCCCGGGCAACCAGGAGCGGUUCUCGGAGGGCCACAUUGAUGUCUGGUGGAUCGUCCAUGACGGGGGGAUGCUCAUGCUGUUGCCCUUCCUCCUGCGGCACCACAAGGUCUGGCGCAAGUGCAAGAUGCGUAUCUUCACGGUGGCGCAGAUGGAUGACAACAGCAUCCAGAUGAAGAAGGACCUGACCACGUUCCUGUACCACCUGCGCAUCACUGCAGAGGUGGAGGUGGUGGAGAUGCAUGAGAGCGACAUCUCUGCCUACACCUACGAGAAGACGCUAGUGAUGGAGCAGCGUUCCCAGAUCCUCAAGCAAAUGCACCUCACCAAGAAUGAGCGGGAACGGGAGAUCCAGAGCAUCACAGACGAGUCCCGUGGCUCCAUCCGGCGUAAGAAUCCGGCCAACACGCGCCUGCGCCUGAGCGUCCCUGAGGAGCAGGUGGGCGACGGUGAGGAGAAGCCGGAGGAGGAGGUCCAGCUCAUCCAUGACAAAAACGCCACCACCUUCUCCAGCAGCUCCCAGUCCCCUGGCGACGAGGUGGAGACGGCCCCUGAGAAGGUGCAUCUCACCUGGACCAAGGAGAAGUCUGUUGCGGAGAAGAACAAGAGCAAGAGCCCCGUCAGCCCUGAGGGCAUCAAGGACUUCUUCAAUAUGAAGCCGGAGUGGGAGAACCUGAACCAGUCCAACGUGCGGAGGAUGCACACGGCCGUGAAGCUCAACGAGGUGAUCGUGAAGAAGUCCCAGGAUGCCAAGCUGGUCCUGCUGAACAUGCCGGGGCCUCCCCGCAACCGUAAAGGGGAUGAGAACUACAUGGAGUUCCUGGAAGUGCUGACGGAGCACCUGGACCGAGUGCUCCUGGUGCGCGGUGGGGGCCGGGAGGUCAUCACCAUCUACUCCUGAAAUAUGGCGCGCAAGAGGUUUGUCUGCACGCUGAGAGCCCCGCCACCCCUUUGCACUGUGCUCCUGGAGGGGAGGAGGGAAGGCCUGAUGGCAGCCGGUGCGCAGAAACUUCACCUGGCUUUGGCCGUGCCCCUGAUCUCUCCAUUCGAACUGCAGCACCAGAUCUUCCGGGAGCAUCCAGCACCAGAGCAGCUGUUCCUCAUUGCAACAUCACAGCACUGCUGUCCUUGUUUAUAUAUAAAUAUAUACACUGUACCGCGGACUGAGCACCAGAGCCCAGCGCUGCCGCCACCACCCGUCCCCGGCAGGGCCAGCCCUGCUGCCAGCCCCAGCGCUGCUUCUUGCAGCCCCCGGCUGGGCAGGAGGGUGGCUGCGUCGAGACGGGCGCCCGGCCCCACCGUGCCGCUACCCCUGCGUGAAGCUUGGCUGGACGCGCCUGUGCCCUGUGCCCGCCUGUCGCUCGCGCCCUACCUCCCCGUGGAGGCGCUGGGAGAAGAGAGAGGCCACCAGCACGCUUUCCUCGCCGGACGCUCCUCUCCCCACCUCUGGCAGCGCUGGGGGCUGCCUCCCCUGGCACUGCCCCCCCGGCCGCCCCUCGCCACCAUGGACCCGGACAGCCCCACCUUGCUGCUGCCCGACUCUGGAGGCCGUGGGCCGAGCUUGCGGAGAUGCAGCGUGAUGGUUUGGAGGGGGCAGAGGGUGGGGGACAGCUGCGGGGGGUCGGGUGCUGGAGUGCAGCAAUCUGUGACAGCAUGAGCCCCGGCCUGGGGUGGGUGGGGGGUGCUCCCUGUCCCCUUCCCCACUGACUCCAGGAUCUCUCUGCCCUGGUGCUCUCCUGGUGCUUGUGCGACGGUCACGGUGUGGAGCUGCAGUGUCCGGAGCCAGGCAGAGCCCCCGCCCUGUGCAGCAUGAGCUGGAGCUACUCAUGUGUGCUGCUGACCCUGGGAGGCACCAGUGCCUGCUCUUGGCCCACUCCCCUGCCACGCUGCACUGGGGAGCACUGGGGGCUCUCAGGCCCCCAGCACCUGCACAUGCGUCUGGGUCCCCCCAUGCCCUGCUGUGCUCCCUGCUGCUGCCCAGGGCUUCGCUGCUAACCCAGCCCCAGGCAGUCGCAGACGUGAGGCUGUAGGAAAGUCCGGAUCUGUGCAUAGUUUGAACAUAUGCAAUGUCUGUUUGCUUGGUCUACAGGGCCGGACCCCACAGCAAAGGGUGACUGUAGGGGUCCCACUGCCCCCCCCAGCAUCACAGUACUCCCUCACCCAGCUGGCCAGGGCAACCUAGGCACUGGCCACGUGGCCGCUGCAGCCCAAAGCCUGUCCCCUCCUGUGAGCCUGCGCCGCAGCAGGCAGCCCCUGCGCACAGGCAGCAGAGCGCACCAGGACAGUUCAAACAUGUCUCACCUUUGGCAGCAGCUGCAGGGUUGUCCCCCAUUGUCCUCGCCCCCUGCCCCUCCCCCCCCCCCCCCGCCCCCCCCCAGCAUCUCUCAUUCCAGAGAAACUGAGGAGCUUUUAACAAAUGUGAAUGGUUCCAGGAACCACGCAGGAAGCGGUGCCGAGGGCAGCCAGGGCGCCCACUGGUGCCUGCCCCGGCCCCAUGUACAUAGUGUACAUAAUACAGUACGUGUAUUUUUAAAGUGAUCAUAUUUAUGUUAAUAGAACCAGAUGAAGUCUAUAUAUAGAGAUCUAUAUCUAUUCUGAGAGAUGCAGGGCUCUGCUAGCACCAGGCCAUGGGGACGGAGAGCCGAGACAGGCUGCUCCUGCACGAAACAGGCACCCAUCCAUUGCACCGAGUGCUCUGGAGCGGUGGUGAAGGCUACAGCCUUCCCCGGCCACUGGCAGCCCCUGGGAAAGGGCCAGGUUGCAGGUUCAUUCUCUUCUCAAUUUAGCUUCUUAAGAGUUUUCAGGGAAAAGAAGUCACAGACUUUUCUGAAUUUGUUUCACAGCAGAUUUGAGCUUCCACUCAAAGUGCAGCCUGCUAAGAGUUGCCCUCUCCCGGCAGUGCUGGCUGCUCUGCACCAGCCUGGCCCAAAGCAGCAGCGCUUUGUUCCCCGGCCAGAGCUGAGCCCCUGCGCUGGAGCGCUCGCUUCCUCGGCCCUCCCAAACCGCUCCCCAACGCUGUCCUGCACCGCAGCAGGCACCACACGACCUGCAGCCUCCGGGCUGGCGCAGAGGGAGUGGGUGCUGCCACGGUGUCCUCGUGGGUGGCCUGGUAGUGGCUGCUUCUUGACUGGCACGGCUGGUCCCAGCGUCCGGCCCCCUGCCUGCACAUCCCUCCUGCCUGCUGAGAGCAGCUGCAGCCCUCGGCUCCUGCCUCACUGAGGGCAGGAAACUCCCUCUGCACUGGGCAACUCCACUCCCCUACUCCUCCAGGUCCAGGCCAAAGCUAUUUUGGGCUGCUGUGAUAAAAAGCACUGGGUUUUUUGAUUUUUUGGGUUUUUUUUUUUUUUUUGCUUUAAGGUACUACUUGGACACACUCCCAGACCAAAACCAGCCCCAGCUGCACAUCUGUGCCUGCUCAUAUCUUGCUCCUACAUUUCCAUCACUCCCAAAGUGCCUCCCUUCUCUCCAGCAGCAGCCACAGCCAGGCUUUCUGUCACGAUAGCUCAGCUAUCUGCACAGCUGCAUCGGUCUGUGUUGCAGACUCUGGUGUGGAAGUUAGUCCCAAGGGCAUGGGGAGCUCAGUGUUUACAGGAGGUGACCGUCAGGGUGAGCUGAGACCUGGUUUUGGCACAGGAGCUCCAGGUUGAUGAAUGGUGCAGAUGCACAGGGCAGCACUCUCUGGUCCUGCCGCUGCCUCAGCCGCUCAAAAGCAGGCAGGCGUCUGCAAGUGAACAGUUCCUUUAUCUUUGGGAAGGGGCAGCCCCACAGGAACCAGAAUUUGCCAGUGUCUAGCUGCUCUGCCCCUUGGAGCUGGUCCUACACCACCACACACAAGCUCACCUACUGUUUCCAGCCUCCCAAAAUUUCUUGAGGCACUUCUGCAGCAAUGGGGGAGGCAUGCACAGCAACCUGCCCACUCAUCUCAUGUGCUAGCACCACGCUUGUUGGGCCUAGAACGCUUGCCAGCUGCUCUGCCUCUUCUAAAGAUGCCACCCACUCCCUGCAGUCACCUUCUAAUUACAGCUUAGCUGUUGCCCCGCCGUGCUGCUGGGCCUGCAGCUGUGGGUGCUGUCCCACUGGUCCCCCUCCCGCCGCGGUGCAGGGCCCGAGUGCAGAGGCAGGUUAUGCACAGCAGCCGCCAGCGCCUGCCUCCGCUGAGGCCACGCACACCAUCCACUGUCGGCAGCGUCGGGGCAAAGAGCUCUUCCUUCGGCCGCAGGUACAGGGCAGCAGGGAGCAACGUUGUCGAGCAGCGGUGAGGCAGCAGGCCAGGGCAUGCUUCUCUGCUGAGAGCUUUGGUUCAUCGCCUCCCCAGCACCACCAGUGGAUCCCAUUGCCCCUUGGCACCACUUCAACACCCCCCCCCCUUCCCCCCGCUCCAGUAAAGCUGCGGUCCCAGCUUCCCCAGGGAGCAGGGAGGUGAGCCCUUCCUAUCACUACUGCUGAAAAAAGGAGUUCCCCUUCCUCAUCCUCCAGCAAGAGCAGGGACACAGCUCUAGACAGAGCCAGGGCUGCCUCAACACCCCUGCCAGGCAAAUUUGGCUGUGGCAAGGAAGGUGCUGGUUUCUGCAGCGAGUUCUCGCUCGCUGUUGGCUGGAGAGGGCCAGUUUUAGCAGACAGCACUGCAUGUUAGUUUACAAACCCAGCCCUGCACGUUUGGCCUCUGUGAGUGUUCAGUUUCCCCAUGGAGCACCCUUCUGCUGUUCCACCUUGGUGAAGACAGUGUCCUCCUCUGGUAGACAUGCAAGUUCCUUCUUGGCACAUGCGCAGACACGUUUCGGUUUUUUUGUUCCGGACAGGAAGGUCUUGACCCCCCCCACACACCCGAGUUUGUUUCACAGGCAGGCUGCUGCCAGGAGCAGCGCUGAGCAAACGUGCCCCACCAGGACAGUGGGACGGCAGCGUGGCCCACAGCAGGUGGAGAGCACGCACAGCCACAGCCGCAUUCAGCCAGCACGCAGCGCUGGGCCGGCGAUGGCGUACGCUCCAGGUCCUGCUGCGGGAGAGGUGAGCGGGGAGCUGCCCUACCCCUGUCAGCUGGGCAGGCGCAGGCCCCGCGUGCAGCAGCGGCAGCAGCAGCAGGCGGCAGCUCACGUCGCUGCAGCCACCACACGGUACAGGCACCGAGCCACACGACAGCACUUGCAGGAGGCGCAGGCAGCGUCCAGCCUGGGUCGGUGUUGGUCUGUGGCUGGAUGAGAGGAAGGACUAGAUACUGCACAAGGGUUAAGAGUUGCACUAGAAGAGUCAAGACCCUCCUCUGUGUAGCAGGACUAAAAACUAGCAGAAAGACCGAAAGGUCUGAGAUUUGCUGGUUACAACACUUUCUGUGCUACAUGUGCAAUAUAUUUGUUAUGAAUGUUAUCACAAAGUCAGUUCAUUCAAUAAUCUUUUAAUCACUGUAGCUAGAUGUUCUACGUCCAUUCAAGUGACUUUUAUUCGAGUGCAAUAUUUCAAUAGACAUGUAGUGACCUAGUACGCUUUGUGUUUUAGAGAAUCUGUGUGCAGAGCAAUGCAAUUAAGUUUAAAACCUUGUAAAUAAAACAGGUUGCAAACCAAAAAAAAAAAAAAAAAGAGUAUUCAGCUUGCAUUUAAUUUCUGUGAGUGUUUCAGUAUUGUGCAUUAGGCCGCCACAGUACAGACCCUGUGUUCUCUGUGCAGGUAUUAAUGGAGGAGUGGCUCCUCGGCUGUUGAAUGCUCCCUGUUAAUGCUUUACUGCUUUAACUGUAUUCAUUUUUCUAGACUCCUGUCUGCACAAAAUGCAAUAAAUGAUUUUAUUACACCCUUCA